UUUAUCUUGAUGAAGAAAACAAAAUUCUACUUUUGAUUGGAGGCAAUACGAUUCAAGUUUGGUACGAUCGAAAUAAAAAAAAAAGAACUCUUGAAUUCAUUAUGGUGAUCAGGGAUAUGAAUAGUGAUGCUAUGGAUGAUAAUGAGAUUAAAAAAAUAGAAUAUGAGAUUAAAGAAAUAGAAUAUACAAUUAAAAGGUUCAAAAUUUCAAUUCAACAUAAAGAUUCCAACUCACCUUUUCCAAAUGAAAUGGAGGAUGAAAAUGAUGUAAUCAAGGUCGUAAAAGAAGCCU